AUGUGUUUCGAGGAUGCAUAUCAUAAGUAUAGACUUGGUAAUUUCUUCAGAAAGAGUAGAGAAACUGAUAAGGAUAUUGAGCUCCUAUCCAACAAGGCCAGCCGUAAACCCAAGAGGAUACUGAAGAAGGAACAAGAUCCUGGAAAGUUCCUGAUUCCAUGCUCUAUACAUAGCCACCAUUUACCAAACGCCCUAUGUGAUACUGGAUCUGCAGUCAGCAUCAUGGCCAUAGACACUGCGGAGCUAUUAGGACUGAAGAUGGAACCUUCUAAAGAUAGUUUCACUUUCGUGGAUAGCUCCCGAGUAAACUCAGCUGGCAUGAUCAAGAAUGUUAAGGUGGAGAUAGGGGAAUGCAUUAUUCCUGUGGACUUUCAUGCUAUGGAUAUCAAAUCAGGAAGACAUCUCCACUUCUUUUUGGAAGAGCCUUCAUGGCUACAGUAG